AUGUCCGAUUUUACAGAAUAUAAAGAUAUAAUACAAGAAGGUGAUUUUGCUUUGGUUUGGAUUACAAGAGACCUGAUCAAACCAAUAACUCUUGAUUCAAAAGCUGUAUUAAAUACAAGGUAUGGUUCUUUCCCGCAUAAGGAUAUGAUUGGGAAACCUUAUGGAUCUCAAAUAGGUAUUCAGACUAAAGGGUCGAAAAGAUUUGCAUUUAUUCAUGUUUUACAACCAACUCCUGAAUUAUGGACAAAUUCAUUACCACACAGAACACAGAUUGUUUACACUCCAGAUUCUUCUUAUAUCAUGCAGAGGAUGAAUUGCAAUCCAUUUAAGAGUAAAGUUAUUGAGGCUGGUACUGGGUCAGGUUCCUUUUCACACGCUUUUGCAAGGUCUGUUAAGCAGUUAUACACUUUUGAAUUCCAUGAAGUUAGAUAUCAACAAGCAAUGGAUGAAUUUAAGAGACAUGGGUUAUUGGAUGAAAAUGUCAUAAUUACCCACAGAGAUGUAGGUAAAGACGGGUUCCAAAUUAAAUUAGGAGACGAAACGUCAUAUAAUUUUAAAUCACCGCAAGAUAAGAUUAUAUUGGAUGCAAAUGCAAUCUUCUUGGAUUUGCCUGCGCCAUGGGAGGUUAUACCACAUUUAGAUGGAGUUAUAUCAAGGGAUGAAAAGGUUGAACUUUGUUGUUUUUCACCUUGUAUUGAACAAGUUGAUAAAACUAUUGAAGCAAUGAAUAGAUAUGGAUGGAAUAAUAUUCAAAUGGUGGAAAUUCAGGGGAAGAGAUAUGAAAGUAGAAGGCAAAUGGUAAGGACUCUAGAUGAUGCUCUUGGUAGGUUAAAAGAUAUAAAAAAACGUAAACUGGAAGGUGUCAAAAGACGUUCUCAAAUAAUUGAUGAUAUGAGCCCAGAUGAAAAAGAAAAUGAAAUGAAGAUUCACAGACCGUUGACCGAAAAGGCAAAAUUUAAUCCAUUUGGUAAAGGAUCAAGAGUUAAAGAAGGUGACGAGAAUUAUAAGUGGAAACAAGUCACUAAAGUAGAAAAUGAAAUCAAAUCGCAUACAUCGUAUUUGACGUUUGCAUCUAAAAUUAUUACUAAUACUAGAGAUGAAAAAUACGUUCAAGAAAUGCUGCAAACUAUUCGAAACAAUAGUGUUAAAGAGGGAAAAAAUUGA